CGUACACUGCUCAGAGAAGCCGAGGCGCGCUGUGUCAUCGACGCCUGGAGAAUCGCUGCGCCCGUCUCCCUUUUGCAGAUUUCUGACUCUGAGCCCGGCCAUGGAAGCAGCUGCUUCUGAAGGGGAGAAGCCUGCCCUCUCUGCAGCGAUGCGGGCGAAGAUCGAGCGGAACCGCCAGCGGGCGCUGAUGCUGAGGCAGGCUCGGCUGGCUACGAGGCCCUACCCUUCUCCUGGUGAAGGCAGUUCUAAAGUUAAAGCACCUCCAAAGAUAAUAGAUACUGGGGGAGGAUUCUUUCUGGAAGAGGAAGAAAAAGACGAGGAACAUGCUGCAGAGAAAAUUGUGCAUCCCCCUGGACCUGUAUUAGAAUUUGAUUACCUUAUUUGUGAAGAAUGUGGUAAAGAAUUCAUGGAUUCCUACCUAAUGAAUCAUUUUGACUUGGCAACAUGUGAUAAUUGCAGAGAUGCUGAAGAUAAGCAUAAACUCAUAACAAGAACUGAAGCAAAGCAAGAGUAUCUUCUGAAAGACUGCGAUCUUGACAAGAGAGAACCGGUGCUGAGAUUUAUCUUGAAGAAAAACCCCCAUAAUUCACAGUGGGGUGACAUGAAACUUUACUUAAAGCUGCAGGUAAUCAAGCGUUCCCUUGAAAUAUGGGGCAGCGAAGAAGCGUUAGAAGAAGCCAAGGCAAGCCGCCAAGACAACAGAGAGAAGAUGAAACAGAAAAAAUUUGAUAAAAAAGUUAAAGAACUACGUCGAGCUGUAAGGAGCAGCAUAUGGAAAAAAGACACAAGUAUCCAUCAACAUGAUUAUGGAGCUGAAGAAAUGAUUGAUGAUGACCUCUACAAAAAGACUUGCACCUCCUGUGGGCAUGAACUAACCUAUGAAAAAAUGUAGCAUGUUCUUGGUUUUUAUUAGAUGCCCCUUUUGUAAUGUUAAACUUUUGUAUUCAAUAAAAUGAAGCUCAUUAAUUGCACCAUGA